AGCCGCGGGAAUCCGGAUUCGGAUCGCGGCGCCCUGUAAACGUAAACAAACCAGCAGAAGACAGCCAGACGGUGCAGUCCGCCUCUUACUCUCGCCCCAGGUGACGGUUGCAGGAAGGAUACACUUGUUCCCGCACCGCCGGACCCCUUGCCACACCACAAUGGAGCUUGAAUGUGCUGUCCAGAAGUAUGCCUGGGGUGUGCAUGGCCUGAAGAGCAGUGUGGCCCAGCUGGCCAAGGCUGUCUCCCCUGACCUGGAAGUGUCUGAGGAGGAGCCAUUUGCUGAGCUGUGGAUGGGAACACACCCCAGCGGCCCUUCAGUCAUCAAAGGCUCUGGUGAAACCCUUGGCCACUACAUCAGGAGGCAUCCUGGAGUGCUGGGGACUCCCGUCAUUCAGACAUUUGGGGAGCAGCUGCCCUUCCUCUUCAAGGUGCUCAGUGUUAACCAGGCACUCUCCAUCCAGGCCCACCCUAACAAGAGCCAUGCUGAAGAACUCCACCAGGAACGGCCCGAUGUGUACAAGGACCCAAACCACAAACCUGAAAUGACCAUUGCUCUCACGCCCUUCCAGGCGCUCUGUGGCUUCAGACCAGCCCAGGAAAUAACAAAACAUUUGACAGAGCUUCCUGAGCUGCAGCAGGUGGUAGGUGAGGAAAAUGCCAAGACUUUCAUUGAAGAACCCACAGAGGCAAACCUGAAGACAUGUUUCUCAAUGAUGAUGAAUGCUCCCAAGGAAAACAUUGAGUCAGCUCUGAGUGACCUCCUGGCAAGACUUUCUGAAAUGGACUCAGCCAAAGGUGACGAGCUGCUGCGUGACCUUUUCAUCACUCUCCAUGACAAGUAUCCUGGUGAUGUUGGCUGUUUCUCCAUUUAUCUCCUCAACUACCUGACACUGCAGCCUGGCCAAGCCAUGUUCCUAGGACCCAACAUUAUUCAUGCUUAUCUGUUUGGAGACUGCAUUGAGUGCAUGGCCUGCUCUGACAAUGUGGUGCGUGCUGGCUUGACUCCAAAGUACCAGGAUGUUGAAACCUUGGUGUCCAUGCUGGAGUACACCAUGAUGCCAGCUGAGUCCAGAAACUUUGAGGGCUUCAAAAUGGACAACUAUACCAUACUGUACAACCCACCUGUGCCUGACUUUGCAGUUGACAUGAUAGAGGUUCCCAGUGGAGUGGAGCAGUACACCCUGAGGCCAGUGGAGUCAGCCAGCAUUGUGUUGGUGGUGGAGGGUGAGGCCAGCAAGGUGGAGGUGAGCCCCUCGGCCCCGGGGGAGCUGCCUCAGGUAACUAGUCUCCACCGUGGCUCCGUAAUAUUCCUGGCGGCCGACCAGAGUCUUACACUCAGACCAACCUCUGGGUCGCGCCUCCUUGCCUUCCGUGCUCUGUGUGUGCUCUAAGGUGCUGGUGUGGUGCGGCUAACCAAGGCUUUAUGGUGCACCGACAUAGAGGCUGUAGUGGUACCAAGGGAAGGGUGUUACAGGAAGGUAGUGUUUGGUGGUAGAUACAGUGAGGCUUGCUGGUUGUUAUGUAGUUGUUGCAUCUUUUAUGACAUAAAUACAUAUAAUAUAAUAGUCUUGAGAUAGUUGUCAAGUGAUAUUAUCUGUGAUGCACUAAAAAAUUAUAUAAAGAAUAAAUGAAAUUUGAGGAAAACUAAAUUAACACCAAACAUAAUGAAGUAGAAUAGGUUUGUAGGAUGUAGUGAGUAAGCAUGAGUAAUUUAUUUUAUAUUUUUAUUUAAUGUUAUUAGAGUAAGGUUAAAUCUAGCAGAGUAGACAGAUAACAAUACUUCUUCAUUUAUCUCCAUCAUGCAAACGUAUGUACAGACAGAGAGGCUGGCUCAUCAGGCUGGCUCAACUGUCUGGCCAAUGGAAGGGCAUGUUAGUGUGUUCAAUUUAUUUUUCUCAAAUUAUGAUGCAGUCUUGUCAGUUACCAAUAGCAUGUUCUUGAUCCACUGUAGUAAUUGGUGAUAUGUUUAUAGAAGGUUUUGCGGAUGUUUGAAUCAUCUUCACGUCUGACAGUGAACUAAAGUUAAAUACUAGCGGCUGUCAGUGCCACACCACUACAGACUUUGCUUCAGUAACACAUUUAUGCUAUUAAUUACAGGUUACUUUGUGCUUUAUGAACUUAUGAACAUCAUUCUAAACUAAGGUUGCACUGUGUGUAUGUAGUGCUGAAUCUAGAGCUGGUUCUGGUUCUCAGACUUACAAAUCUGACUAAUAGUUGAAGUCCCAAUUAAAAUUUCUUUAAGAAGUAUGUGAGAGGGUACAAAGCCACAAUUUUCCUUAAAGAAAAUUAAAUUCAAUAAGUUGGCUGUGAUAAAAUUAAGUAACAAUUUUAUGUAUAUUUUUUUUUUUUUUUUAAGUUCAUUACAUACCCUUGUGUGAAAUGGACCUUGUCUUUCAUGUGUAUUUAUAUUUCAAUCAUUACCUUUCAUACAUAUCUGUGACAGAGGCCAAAUAUAUGAUCAAAAGGACAGUAUUGAUGGUGCCACCUUGGUUUGAUCCCUUUCACUGGGGACAAACACAUGGCAUUAUGAGCAGAAAACAAGGCCAGGCCGGUCUGCAAACAUUGCAGUCAUUACAGCAAUAGUUUUCACCAGUAGAACAGGAAAGCAAAAGCAUCAGUUGCUCUAGUGCUUGUUAAAUGCUGAAACAUAGUAAUAAUUGUACAGGUUCACUUACACUGAGACUACUAAUGAAGGAAGGAAUAUAAAAUAAUAAUCAGGGAAACUGACUGGACUGUACUCAUCUCCAAACCUCUGCAUAUGCAAUGAAAUGUAUGAAAACAUUCAGCAAGAUUUUAAAAUUAAGCUAAGGUUGUUGGUUGAGGAUGGUGUACUAUAUUCUUGAAAUUCCUUAAUCAUACACAAUAAAGUUUAAGGUAACUUGAGUCUCCUUAUCAGAAUAAGAAGACAAAGGUUGACUGAGGGUGUUUAGAGAAGUGCCUACAUUAACUUACUUAUUUUUAACACUUACAGUAGUAACCUGUAACCCAUCACAACCUGCUAACUAUGACUUAAGUCUUUGGUUUGAUUUUUAAUCAAAGUAUAUAUUAGGUUUCAAUUAAGUACAGCAUGUAUGGUAACUUAAUCCCAAAGAGAACUGUUGUAAUAUUCAAUAGUUUAAAACUGUCUAAAGUUGUGAAAUGUUGUGCUUUACUUUGUGGAUUUCCUUACAGUUGUGACUAGAAUAGUUACAUGACUAGCUUUAACAGAUCAAACCAAAAUUUGGGAAUCCUUGUUUAAUCCAACAGUAUAUAGUGGAGCAGGCGACAGGCACACCUGCUUUGCCUAGACCCUGAUCUACUCAAGCUCUGGGUGCAUUGCUCCUUACUGACAACAUAUACAAAAGAUAAUAAAUAUCACCAUCAAGAAGCUUUAAAGCUGCACUCUAAAAAAAAUAUUUACAUAUAAAAUCUGUUUCAAUAAAUAAACAAAGUUC